AUGGAUCCCUUCGUGUACAGCCCCAAUCCCGGAAGGGUGAUCUUUGGCAAUGGCACCAUCAAAAAGCUUCCGGAAGAGCUUGCCCGCCUGAACCUGUCUGCUCCCUUGCUGCUCUCGACGCCUCAGCAGGUCAACCAGGCCGAAGACCUCAAGAGUGUGCUCGAAGGCAAGGUCGCUGGUAUCUUCACAGAAGCCACCAUGCACACGCCCGUCAACGUGACUGAGAAGGCCCUCGACUACGCAAAGAAGCAGGGAGCCGACUGCGUGGUCUCCAUCGGUGGAGGGAGCACGAUCGGCCUGGGAAAGGCCAUCAGCAUCCGGACGGGCCUGCCGCAUAUCUGCAUUCCGACGACCUACGCGGGCAGUGAGAUGACGCCGAUUCUGGGAGAGACCGCUGAUGGUCUGAAGAAGACUCGCACUGAUCCCAAGAUCCUGCCCGGAACUGUCAUCUACGACGUCGAUCUGACAAUGACCCUGCCAGCUGCUAUGAGCGCGACUAGUGGAGUAAACGCUAUCGCUCACGCAGAACACAGCGCUGAUAGUUCUUGGUCAAUAGUGGAAGCUCUGUAUGCCCGCAACACCAACCCUGUCAUCAACCUCUUCGCCGUCGAAGGGACCCGUGCUCUGGCCAGCGCGCUCCCGGAGAUUGUAGAGAACCCGUCGUCGCCAUCUGCCCGGUCGUUAGCGCUCUACGGAGCAUGGCUCUGUGGCACAUGUCUGGGCAGCGUGGGCAUGUCCAUUCACCAUAAGCUUUGCCAUACUCUGGGAGGCAGCUUCAACCUGCCUCAUGCGGAGACACACACGGCAGUGCUGCCUCACGCGAUUUCCUACAACGCUCCCAAGAUCCCAGAAGCCAUGAAGAAGCUGGCAGAAGCUCUUCCGGAGAGCAACGGCGAUGCGAUUCAUGGCCUGAAUGUCCUCCUGACGAAGCUCAAAGUCAAGAGGGGUCUGAAAGACUUUGGCAUGAAGGAAGAAGAUAUCGACAAGGCAGCAGAUAUCGCUGUGAGCAACCCAUACUGGAACCCGAGAGAGAUCGAAAGGGAACCGAUUCGCGAGCUGAUCCGGAGGGUGUGGGCUGGCGAGCCUGCCAGAGCAGACCUCUGA